UUUUUAAUAGUAGUUAAUUAAGCUUGGAGGCUUAAAUACAUAAAAGAUGAUAAAACGAUUAUUUCUUAAGAAAGAUGUUGCUUUAAAACCAUUUCAUACACUUUUUCUUGAUCAGAAUGUUUUAAAAAGUAGUAUGAGAUAUCUUUUAUAUAAACCAAGAUUUCGUUUUUUUCAUAAUAACAUUAUACAAAAUCAUACAUCUUUUAACCAUAUAAAUACGCCUGAGAAUAAUCCUGAUAUCCCAUUUGAAUUUACUCCAGAGAAUUUGAAGCGUUCUAAAGAAAUAAUUAGUAGAUAUCCUAGCGAAUGGAAAAAAGCUGCUGUUAUGCCUCUUCUUGAUCUGGGACAACGUCAAUUGGGUUAUACUAGUAUUAGUGUUAUGGAUUAUGUUGCAAAGCUUUUAAAUAUCCCAAAAAUGCGUGUUUACGAAGUAGCAACCUUUUAUACAAUGUAUAAUCGUCAGCCUGUAGGAACUUUGGUACAGGUUUGCACAACAACACCAUGUCAGCUUUGCGGAUCAGAUCAAAUUCUAAAAGCUGUACAAGAUUAUUUAGGAGUUUCUCCUGGAGGUACUACAUCUGAUGGCAAGUUUACACUUAUGGAAAUGGAAUGUGCAGGUGCAUGUGUUAAUGCUCCUCUUUUUGCUGUUGGUGAUAAUUAUUAUGAAGAUCUUGACCCCAAUACUUGUAUUGAGGUUUUAAAAAUGAUAAGAGAAGGUAAAUCCCCAAAACAUGGCCCACAAUCUGGUCGUAAAAGCUGUGAACCUAAGUCGGGACUUACAUCUCUUACUGAUGAACCUUGGACUUCUUCUGCUGUCCUUAGGAAAGAUGGUGCUUUAUAAUGAAAUGUUUGGCUGUGCUUUAAUAUUUUCUUAUUUUUUAUAACAA